AUGCACGAUUACACAUACAUGAAAACGGCAAACGAUCUUCUCUAUGAUACUCAUAAUCCUGCAGAAAUUUCUGGCAUUGUUGUUUUGUUUAUUUCUACAUUAUUCGAGCAUCUGAUUCAUGUUUAUAAAUGUCACCAAUAUUCUCAUCAUCCUAAAAGAAGACUUGUUUCAACACGAACAGGAAUAACUCCAGGUGUUUCAACUGAGAUCUGCGGGAUAAAACAUUGUAAAAUGAUGUUUAUUAAAGAAGAGAGUGAGGACAUGAGUUAUCCAGAAUCAUGCAGUUCAAAUGUCAUGAAAAAUGAAGAUACUGAGGAACAAAGAGGAAUAACUCCAGGUGUUUCAACUGAUAUCUGCGGGAUAAAACAUUGUAAAAUGAUGUUUAUUAAAGAAGAGAGUGAGGACAUGAGUUAUCCAGAAUCAUGCAGUUCAAAUGUCAUGAAAAAUGAAGAUACUGAGGAACAAAGAGAUCUGAUGGAUAUGAAAGAGGAAAAUCAAGAACUAAAUGAAGUUGAAGAGAAACUCCAUCCGGAUCAGACACUUCAUGAUUUCAUUAUUGGUGAAGAAUCAUUUCUUGGUUCACCGCUUGCGGGUGAAGUCUCCAUUCUCCGUUUAGCGAAGCAAAACCAAAACCAAGUACCCUCUGUAACCUGCUUAAGUGCCCCAGAAAAGAUGGAGUUUAUUAAAGAGGAGUUGAAAGAGCAGAGUGAAGACAUCAGUAUUUCAGAAUCAUUCAGAGUGAAAAAUGAAGAUAUUGAGGAACAAAGAGAGCAGAUGAAAGUGAAGGAGGAAAGUGAGGAACUGAAUGAAGAGGAGAAACAUCAGUGUCAGAAACCUGAUGAUUUCAUAACUGGAGAAAAAUCUUUUAGUAGCCCACAGACUGAAAAGAAAUGCUCACGAAAAAGAACUCAAAAAAGAAAAGCCAAAAAAUCUUUCACAUGCUCUCAGUGUGGAAAGAGUUUCACAGCUAAAGGAAAACUUAAUAGCCACAUGAGAAUUCACACUGGAGAAAAGCCUUUCACCUGCUCUCAUUGUAUGAAGAGUUUUGCAAAUAAAAGCAACCUUAUUAUUCACCUGAGAAUUCACACUGGAGAGAAGCCUUACAGCUGCUAUCAGUGUGGAAAGAGAUUUGCACUCAAAGAAGGUCUUAAGCGUCACAUAAGAAUUCACACUGGAGAAAAGCCUUUCACAUGCUCUCAGUGUGGAAAGAGUUUCACACAUAAAGGAAAUCUCAAUAGCCACAUGAGAAUUCACACUGGAGAAAAGCCUUUCACCUGCUCUCAUUGUAUGAAGAGUUUUGCAGAUAAAAGCAACCUUUUUAUUCACAUGAGAAUUCACACUGGAGAGAAGCCUUACAGCUGCUAUCAGUGUGGAAAGAGAUUUGCAUACAGAAUUGAUCUUAAGCAUCACAUAAGAAUUCACACUGGAGAAAAGCCUUUCACAUGCUCUCAGUGUGGAAAGAGUUUCACAGCUAAAGGAACACUUAAUAGCCACAUGAGAAUUCACACUGGAGAAAAGCCUUUCAAAUGCAAUCAAUGUGAGAAGAAUUUCAGACAGUUACGAAGUCUCAAAAAUCAUUUGUCUUUUCACUCUGGCGAAAAGUCAUAUAUCUGUGAUCAGUGCAACAAAACUGUAUCUUCUGCACCAGCUUUAAAAAGACACCGGAAAAUUCAUUCAAUAGAGAAGCCUUACUUGUGUUCCCUUUGUGGAAAGAGUUUUUCACAGCUGUGCAAUUUAGAAGAGCACCAGAAAAAACACACCCGUGUGAGAGAUCAUGUGUGCUCUGAGUGUGGUAAAGCUUUUUACAGUGUUUAUGACUUAGAAUGUCACAAAAUAAUUCACAAUGGAGAAAAUCCUUACAAGUGUUCACACUGUGAAAAGAGUUUUGCUUUUUCAGGAAACCUGAAAGCACAUGAGAGAGUACAUACUGGAGAGAGGCCGUACCACUGCACUUCAUGUGAGAAGAGAUUCAUUAGGUCAGGAAACCUGAGAGCACAUGAGCGAGUGCAUACUGGAGAGAAGCCGUUCCACUGCACUGCAUGUGGAAAGCGUUUCACCCAAUCAGGCUCUCUACUGACUCAUAGAAAAAAGCAUUGUCCAGGGUUGUCCAGUAAGCAAAAUCCAUCUUUAUUUGCUAUGUAAAUGGGAUGAAAUAAAAAAAUCAACAUCAAUUUCUCUCAAAAGAAAAAUUACAAUUAAGUGGGAGAAUUGCUAUUGCAUUAUGCUGAUUGAGCUGUCAUUCUAUGUGAAGGCAGAUUUAUAUUUCUGCGUCAAACCUAUGCUGUAGCCUGACGUGCACAUCUCCAAAAAUUGUACUUUGCUUCACAUCAACGCAGACCACAACAACUGCGAUUGGUCCGCUUUAUUACCAGAGACCGUUCCCCAGCAAGACAAAAAUAUAUCUGAAGUAGCAUUGCAUUUCUCCAAGAUUAUUUUAAGCAAUGCAUCAUAUCACGUUGCGUUUGGACUCAUGAGCAUUGUUUUAAUUUAGAAGCAUUUGCUGUUUUUUUUAUAUAUUCUGGUUAUGUUUAAAAAAGUUACAAGUGAAAACCCAACAAAAAGACAACUUCUAAAACCAGCUUUUUUCCUCUGGGCUUUUACUCAAUAUAUAUUUGGUAUGUGAGUGACACAAUAUUUGUUGUAAACUACUCGAGAACUUUCGGAUCUGUACCAUGUUUUGACAGUAUGAUGUAAAUAAUAAUUUCACAUGUUAUGAAAAUGGAACACUUACACUGUACAUUUUGUCAGCAGAUUAAAAAGCCGCUGUUAAGAGUUAUAUUGCCUAUAUGCAAAGUGCAGCUUCUGAGCAUUAAAACAACACCCAUUUUGUGCUGGUCAGGCGAGUUGUUCUUCAUUAAUUUGAUGUUAUUUUCCCUGCAGUGAGCGUCAGAAUUAUGCAAAAAUCUUUAUUAUAAGCAAAUCAAGACGAAGCAUACAGUAUAUCCCUGAUUUAUUUUCUGUCUAAAUGGCAGAAAACAUGUGUAAUGCAGAACAUGUUCCAAUACUUUGAUGAACUUUUUAUUAAUGCCACAAUAAUGUAAUGGAUGUAUUGGAAUCCAUGAAUUACAUUGCUUUUAUUAAAUGUAUAAUUUUUCAGACACAAAGGCAUUGUUUCUCAGUACACUAGCACUUUUGCUGUGUAUUCGCAGAGCAAUGCAGACACACCAACAUGGAACUAUAAAUGCUAAACUGUGCAGAGCUUACAGCAUAGGUUCGAGGUUAAAGUAUAAACCCGCGUAGAAGGGGUAGAAAGAUGUUUGUAUUUUUCAACAAAAUAAAAGUUCAAAAUAUCAGUUCAAAGUAUCAGUUUCAUCUAGUGUUGUUGAUGCUAUGAAAUGCAACAAAUUUUGUCAUUUAAAAAAAUGUGUCUUCAAGAUGUAAACACUCAUCAAAUAGAUGUCUGGGUGAUGUAUGCGUGCUAUCAGUGAAUGACUGUUAAUCUUAAAACUUCAUUAUUAAAAAAAUAUUU